UGAUGGUAAACUCUUUACAGCCUUAGAAACAACACUUUACUCUUCCCAACAGUACACAACACACUUGGAUGUGCAUCAUAAAUUCUCUACAUCACAUUAUAAGCUAGAGCCAAAGCUCCCACCCAAAAUGAGAUUAACCCUGCACACUGUCAUCUGCUGCUGUGUUUUCACCACUGUCCUGCCACUGGUAAAAGGUGCCACAGGGGAGCUCAACACUAGUCUGAAAAAAAGGUUUAAAGUAUGGCUGCAGAGCCGGAUGAAGAGAGACCUGGACAACAGCUUAGGGACCAGCAGUGAGCAAUGCUCUGACAUCCAUGUUGGACCACAGCAGGACGGGAGUUCAAUAACUGACUCACCUCCAUCAAGCUUUGGGCUGAAUGUCAGAUCCAGGAGGUCAACAUCAUCCAAAUCAUCUGGCUGCGCCCUAGUCACAUGUAUAUACCACGACCUGGUUCACCGACUGCACCAGGUGAACAGCGAGGUAGAAAAGCCAACUGCCCCUGAAAUCAAGAUUAGCCCCAAAGGCUAUGGACGCAAACGCCGCUCAGUCCAGGAUGUCAUGCAACUUGCCCUCCAGACAGGAAGACGGAGCACUGAAGCUGCUUCCAAAGUGUGCUUGGCAGCUGAGAUACAAGACAAUCCCUGAAAGGACUUCUCUGACAUACCCUGGAGUGAGGAGGAGCUGAGGCUGUGGCGAGGACUUUUUCUCCGGAAACUGACAUUGCUGGACCCAAAACUGCGACAAGCAGGAUCAUUUCACAAGUGAACUGAAUGUAGUGAAUUACUUGUGAAGUGCAAUUUAUACACCAUGUACUAGGCCUAUACAAAAUCUAAAUAUGUAUUAUAUGUCUUAUCAGCUUGUAUAUAAAGGAUAUAUAAAGUGACCUUAUAUUUAAGCAUACAACUAUAUUUUUAUACAGGAAUAAUACAUAUUAAACAUGUCUCUUUUUGGAUUUUAACUUCAAUGAAGUAUGUAUCUUAACUGUGUGAGUAAUGAUCUCGUCCUGUAUUAUUCAUGUGAAUCAAGUCUCAUAUCAAAUGUGUUAUACCAGUUGUCUAGACAUUAUUCUGGUGAUUAUACCUUACUGGAAAUGAAUCAUAUUAGAGAUGUUUUACAUUUGUUUGGAUGGUCAAAGUCACGCACGGCAACUUCCACAUAGUCAUCCAGUUUUUGGCCUGAUGUUGGAAGCUAUGGAAAAUGAUGGAGAGCCUCUUCUUGCAAUAAAGCAGAAGGACUGAUGAGCUGAUAAAAGUGUUGUGCUGCCAUCUAGCUUUACAGUAAGCAACGUGUAACAAAUGCAUGCCAAGUUGUUUCAAAAUCAAUGCAGCUUCAACAAAGCACUUACUGUGGUUAUACUAAAUGUUUAAUCUGAAAAGCCUUAAUCUGCUUCUUUUUUGAAUGUUAUAAAUCCUAAUUUACUCAUGAUUCAGCUGAAAUUACUUGACAUGGUAUUAGGUAACGUGAUUUAUGUCUUGUUUUUGAUGAACACUGCAGUAAUUGUAAUAGUUUUCAGCUGGCUGCGGUGUCCUUGUUUUUGAACUAAAUGAAUGCAACAAUAAAAAGAAUUUAAAGCAA